AUGUCGCAAAUGUCUACUACUAAUCGUACGUCGAAGGAAGUCCAAGUCAUGACGGGAGUAGCGUCUGUCAGCCGGAAUAUCGCCAGCGGUGAUGCUCUUCAAAUCAACGGCACUGUGGCAGACAACGUCUACAAUCUCAGCAUCAAUACUUUAAUCGUAAAUUAUCAGUAUGGCUGGGAUCCGAAGAUCGUUCCCCCUGUGAGCCAAUCAGCAUUACCGAGUAGAUGCAUAGCGAUGACGGACGUACGCAAGGUGUUGAAAAGUUCAGCUCCGUCGAAGGUGUCCGCAACGUUCACUGCACAACUCCCAGCUGAAGUAUUGGCUGCGAUCCAAGCUACGACUGCACUCGUGGAGCAAGCCUGUCGAUUUUUCGGCCGCCUCCGUCAGGCAAACGAUCGCCAGAAAGGUCUUCCAGAGGUCCUGGCUCGACACCGUAGCGAGCUCGACAGCAUCAAAGCGAUCGUCGGCAUGAUAGAGGACGUGGAUGAUCUUCAGACACCCAGUGUCGCUAGACAGCUAGUUCGAUUGGAAGCCAUCUCAAGGAAGCUGGCCGCCUUGAUCAAGACGAUUGAUGUGACGACCACCAAAAAGAUAAUCCAAUUUACACGCCAGCUAGUGGAUGGCUCAGCAGACGAGAAGAGGCUGAAUGACAUCAUGGGCGAGCUGGACCAAGUGAAGGCUACGCUUCUAUUGUCCAUCAAAGUCGCCCACGUAGGGGUGAUACGCACCAUGGACAAACAAGCUGUGGCGAAUGCAGAAGCCAUAGAGCGAAUCGAUGAGUCAUUCAAGGAACUCGUCCAGGAUUGGAAGGGCCUCCGAAUCGCACGAUUGCUGAAGGGCCGACGUGCGUCAAAUGAUGGUCAUGUACCAUUGACUCUUGCGGAUCUCAAGGCUCUCGACAAGGAGGUUCAUGGUGAUGACGAAGAUAGCGAAGACGAGACGCUCGUCGAUGACUCAGAAGUAUCGCCACGAGAAGUUCCCGUCAAGACUGAACGCAUUGUUAUCAACAAUGCAUCUCGUGGUUACGCUGUUCAGGUCAAUGCUCCGCUGGAUACAGAUAUAUAUAAGCAUUUGAGCAGUCUGAGAAUCCAGGACAAUGUGGCCGAGGAGCAGAGUGUGCAGAUCAACUAUGGCACGACGACCAAGUCGUUGUCGAUACUUCUCGAGCUCGCGCGACUAAGGCAGGUGAGCGCGCGGUGA